AUGCACAGUCGGCCUCGACAUGGAAAGCACUCAAUAUGUACGGACAAAGAACUCUGGUCCUUACUGACGACAUCUUUGGAGAAGAAGAAAGCCAACAAGCGGAAAAGGGAUCCGGAUAUGCUGCGAAACGCCGUGUUGGAACUUACGGUUCAAAGAUUGAACGAGGAGAUAACGGAGAGAUGUAUGAGGAAAGUCAAGCGUCGGAAACAAAACGAAACGUACGAAUGGCAUGGCUCUCCAAAUGGAUUUGGGUGGAAUAUGACGGCGUCUUAUCAAGAUGACGAAGAUCUUUUAGGUAUCGACGACUUCUUUCAAAAACUAAGUACUAGUUGUGAAAGUCGGAAAAAUGCUCCUGUGAUUUCAGAUCAUUGA